AAAAACUGGACAUGGACCUUGCUGCGGAGGUACUUUUUGCGAGGGAUAGCAAAAGUCGAAUAGAUUCUUUAACUACGGUCCUUGGGCAAGAAGUGGAUCGUUUUAAUAACCUUCUCAGUCUGCUGAGGAGCUCUCUACAAACACUCAACAAAGCCAUUGCGGGGUUUGUAGUCAUGUCCGAAGAAAUGGAGAGAGUGUACCACAGCUUUCUUAACAAUCAGGUUCCAACCCUCUGGGCCAAUGCCGCCUAUCCCUCUCUGAAACCUUUGGGGGCCUGGGUGAAAGACCUUGUGCUCAGGACAAGCUUCAUAGAUUUCUGGCUCAAAAGAGGUCAACCUAAAUCAUUUUGGAUUUCUGGUUUCUUUUUUCCACAAGGAUUUUUGACUGGAACUCUUCAGAAUCACGCUCGAAAAUAUAACUUGCCGAUUGAUGAGCUUAGUUUUAGUUACAACGUCAUUCCUGUCUUCAGAGACCAAACACAAGUAUCAGAAGCUUCAAAACUCUGCCACUUUGGAAAUGAAUUACCAAUGGAUGAAAAGUUACCUUCUCCAAAGGAUGGGGUGUUGGUCCAUGGCAUGUUUAUGGAUGCUAGUCGUUGGGAUGAGGAUGAAAUGGUUAUAGAAGAUGCGUUACCUCGACAAAUGAACCCAAUGCUUCCAGUAAUUCAUUUUGAGCCGCAUCAAAAUUACGAGCCCCAUCCAUUGUUGUAUCAUGCGCCCCUCUACAAAACAGGAGCUAGAGCAGGAACUCUGUCUACCACAGGUCAUUCUACCAAUUUUGUGGUUACCGUCUUACUUCCUUCAAAAAAACCAAGCGACUACUGGAUAUCCAAAGGAUCUGCAUUACUUUGCCAGCUAAAUGAAUAAUCAGCAGGAUAGGGUUUCUGUCUACAAGCAAGACCU